UGGCGUCUCCCAUGUUGAAAAUAACGCUGAUGCAAUUACGGAAAUUCUGCUUUCAAGAACAAGAAAUGCUUGGGCCUUUCGUUCUUUUGCUGGAGAGGAGCUUGCGCAGACGCAGGGAAAUAGGAACGAAGCUUCUGCAUCAAAAUGGUCAUUUGCAUACGCACAUGACUAUAAAAACGCUGGGGAUAAAGCAUCUUCAAGCUUAGGUGGUAGAGCCAGCAGGUGGCGUGCAGUCCGACCAUCGGAUAUUCUCGAUGGCGGACGAGAGGAAGUAGAAGAAGCUGUUGGAAAUGCUGAAGACACGGGUAAAAAGAAAGAAGAAGUAGUUGUAGAAGGAGUAGCAGAGGAAGCUGGUGCGAAGCAAGACGACCCUAGGCCCUCUACAACACCAUCUCCAGGUUCGGAAAAGGACGAUUUCACGUUCUUCUACUUGCGUGAUAACGGUGACAUUCAAUGGCGGGAGCUUCGUGGAAAUUUGCCCAUUCUCUUUCUCACUGCGAUCUUGACCGCUGUGGCACAUCGCAGUUAUAUCGCAUUCCGCAGUAGCGCCAGAAGUCAAACUACACUGGAAGGAUACUAUCGUCGGCAGUCCUUACUAGUAAUGGGAUGCGGUUUCGUAUUGUACUUGCACGGACUUCGGGGACUGGUUUACAUAACGCUGCUCUUUGGCUUGCUUCAAUUUGUUUUUAGGAGAAUAGAUGGAUGCGGAACGAGAAAUGCAAAAACAGUGCGUCUUCUAACCUGGACCGCAGCAGUUGGACUGUUUCUCUUGCGAGAUAGUCAGACUGUCCUUUCUUCGAUUGUAACCACAUCUUCUCCAGCGAAUCCCAGACCCGAACUUCUAAGCUUAAGCCUACUUAGCACAGCUGCACGAGCAAUCUUCCUACAACUAGUGUACAUACAAACACGGUUCGACAGCUUGGUGGAGACCAUAAUUCGUUCGACUAUUCUUUCGCCCUUUCCAAGAGCACUACAAGGGCCUUUGCUUCGAGGCAGCCUAUCGAUGGAGUCAGGGGUUCGAUUCUUGAUAAUCAAAGUACUAGCGUUUGGACUGGAUUGGGCGGAUUCGGUGCAAACACGCAAUUCCCAGAAUAAAGAGACCGAUCGAGGAAGUGGUAGAAGUAGAGACGAUGGUCCUAGAGAAGAAGAAGGGGAUAGCAUAUUUGAUACUGACGCAAGACCAACAAACGAUGUGCAGCAACUCCGUUCCUUUGUCAACGUCUUCACCUACGUCUGUUUUCCUCCACUCUUCCUCGCGGGACCACUCAUAGGGUAUCGGGAAUUCCUAAUAUCAGCUGGAAUUGCAACAUCUACUUCUAGGAGAGACCACGCGACAAGCUCACCUCCUGUCACAGGAGCAGUAGACUACAAACGAAACGACCGACAAACAGCUAAGGCGCUUGGACGCUAUUUUCUGCGGUUUCUCCUGCACUUCGUUUUAUUGGAGUUCUUCCUACAUUGGCUGCCAGUGUAUGCUUUAGUACGCUCUGGCACCAUUUUCCACCUGCUAGAAAGUGAACAGAGUAGUGCCGGGUUAGCGGUGAAGCUAGUGUACUGGAUGUUGCCGGUACUGUGGCUGAAGUUCGCAACGCUGUGGCGAUUCUUCCGAUUCUGUUAUGGCAGUUUUUGUAAGCACGGCGAUGGGCCUGUGUUCUUCACUGUAAUAGUUUUGGAUUUUUUUAGUGAUCCAUCUCUUUCUCUUCUUCUAAUUUCCGUCCCUCUUAAUGGGUGUCGACGUGGUGGAGAAUAUGCAAAGGUGUUUUAGCAACACCAAUACCUUACAGGGCUUCUGGCGUGGCUGGCAUUGCAGCUUCAACCGCUUUAUUUUGAAAUACCUUUACUUACGGCUCUCGAUCAUAUUUUCUCGACAACUGGAGGAGCUCGAUCAUGAUUCCGUCUCAACAUUAUAUAUAGAGUAAGGCCAAUAACGGGUUUCGAGUUGCUCGAGUUGCCACGAGUUGCUCGAGUUGCCGAAGCGAAGAGCUUCACUCCUGGAACGAGUUCCUUUUCAACUAGAGGAAGAUUGCCUUUCAUUUUUUUGAGAAACGCGCUGUCAAGAAAGACUGCUCACUCUAAUCUUUAUCCCCCUUGGCGGCCGGAAAACUAAGCAUUGGAAUGUCUUCGUGAUAUUUUUCUUUGUCGCUAUCUGGCACGAUAUGCAACCACAAUAUCUCGUUUGGGGUGCCUUGAAUGCCAUGUUUAUGGUCUGCGAGAUUCUGGUACAAACAAGAUGGUACUGCUGGAUGUCAAAGGCGUGGAUACGGGAAGAGGAUCGACAGAACGGCAAAAACAAGAACGACAUGGUCACAACAUUUAGCAGAUUCUCCUCUUCCUCUUACUCCUACACCAAGUACAUUUUCUCCACUAUUAAGGCUCAACUUUCAUUGGUCACCAUUUAGAUUGGAGUGACUGAAAUCGAAGAGGAGACCCCUUCUUGGGAGAACCAACAGGGGAAAUAAAUGAAGGGAAAGGGGAGAGCCUUGGAGGGGGUCUCUUCCGUUCAGAGUCAGUGACCAACAAGGAAUGUUGAGCUUUAAUACUAGCGGCCCCUUAGUCAGUUACCAUCUACCAGUCUACGUGGCUAGUUUCUGGUGCUUCGUGAUUUGCAUGGUGAACUCUAUCGGCUAUGGUUUAGGCCUGGCGCAAGGAGGCGCUAGCGUGCAGCAUGCUGUGACCGAUUUCAGCGACAGAGGGGUUUGGCAGGCUUUGUUCCUCAUGUACGUCUUUUUCGUAGCGAUCUCCUACAGCACGCGGCGGUGGGAGGAAGCUACUGGCGAGUGGACGAAAGGACACUACAACAAGAUGACACAACAAGAUGACACAGGUCAGGAAAGGAAAGAUGAACUACCGGGACCGGGAGAGAACAAGAACGACUUGAGAAUUAUGUCCUCUUCAAUAUAUGAUGCAUCAUCAAAUUCAAAUGCAGCUGUUGGCGUGAUGAAUAAAACAUCAAGUGCUACAAGCAGGAUAAGCAGGUAUAAAAGGGCAGAAUAUAAUCCCGCGCCUCCCGAGGCAUUCUUUAGAGAUAAUGCAAAUGAGAGAGUAUAG